GGGGAGGACAGCGCGAGAGAGACAGGCGGUGGCUCGGGCGGCUGCCUCGGUCUCGUCGCGCGCUGCAUGGGCUCGCGGGGCUGCCGGGACUCAGAGCAGGAGCGGGGCCCGGCUCAGCUUCGCCGCGCGCCACCUGCGCCUUCUCCCCACAGCUGACGGUCCUAAUGAAAGACUCCCCUGAGGAUGGACUACAGCAGCGAGAUACACUUGGUCCCUUGUGGAAAAGACAGAUACAUUUCAAAAAAUGAGUUGCUACUACACUUGAAGACGUAUAACUUGUACUAUGAAGGUCAGAAUUUGCAGCUACGGCACAGAGAGGAAGAAGGGGAAUUCAUAGUGGAAGGCUUAUUGAAUAUCUCCUGGGGUUUACGCCGGCCAAUUCGCUUGCAGAUGCAAGAUGACAACCAGCGCAUCCGCCCCCCACCAUCCUCCUCCUCCUGGCACUCCGGCUGCAAUCUGGGGGCGCAUGGGUCUGUUAUAAAACCAAGUACCUUGCCGGACAUUCAAGUAACCGAUGCUGAGCCUUCAGCGGAUGGCGAUGAAACUGACAGCACAGUUGAUGCCAAAGACCUUAAGGCCGAGCAGGAAGAUGCACCGCAGCUGAUGCGCACACGAAGUGAUGUUGGAGUGCGCCGCAGGGGGAACCUCCGCACCCCAAGUGAACAGCGUCGGCUCAAGCGCCACCGUUUCUCCAUAAAUGGACACUUCUACAAUCAUAAAACAUCAGUGUUCACGCCCGCUUAUGGCUCCAUCACGAACGUCCGAAUAAACAGCACAAUGACAACACCACAAGUUCUGAAAUUGCUGCUUAACAAGUUUAAGAUUGAAAACUCUGCAGAGGAAUUUGCCCUGUACAUCGUCCACACUAGCGGAGAAAAACAGAAGCUGAAGGCCACUGAUUACCCUCUGAUUGCACGGAUUCUGCAGGGGCCAUGUGAACAGAUCUCUAAGGUUUUUUUGAUGGAGAAAGACCAAGUUGAAGAAGUCACCUAUGACGUUGCCCAAUAUAUCAAAUUUGAAAUGCCCGUCUUGAAAAGCUUCAUUCAGAAACUUAAAGAAGAAGAAGAUCGAGAAGUGAAGAAGCUGAAACGCAAGUAUUCAGUUCUGCGUGUAAUGAUUGAGCGGCGGUUAGAAGAGAUCUCUGAAGGUCCAGUCACAAUGUGAAGCCACCGUCCAUGGAGAACUGUGCUAGAGCUUGACAUCCAGAAGAGAGACUUCUCAAAGAUUACAAAUGCCCCGUGACAAGCAAAGAGGUUGAUUCUUCCCUGCAACUGAACUUAGACAUGGAACUCACUUUGGUUGUUGUCUCAUCCUUGCUCUCCAGUUGUAGAAGGUGAACUCAGUGGGAUCUGUAGAUGUGGAGGCCCCUGAGAAUAAAAUGUGGGGCAUAAGCUUCAGAGGAAAGUUACCACUUCUGUCUUUUGCUGAUGAGCUUUCCAGAGGUGACUGUGGCUGCUUUGGGAAGCAGGGUGCUGGGUUAAAUGCUCUUUUGCGCCUGAUCCCUAUGUUCUUAGAAGGCUGUUGGUCAUAACUGUGUCUGGAUACUGCCUCUUUGUCAAAAAUGUCAGCCUGUCCUUCUCAUCACACUUGUCUGUUCACCAGUAAGGUUUAGAGGGAAGCCUGCCCUGUUGACAUUCCUCCCUCCCCUGACCUAAUUAGGUGUUGAUGUUUUCCAGGGUCCUAUUAUGAUCCUCACCUCAGGAGAGUCUACUACAGCUCCAUCCAAACCACAGGAUGCUGGGAGUCCUCAAGCACCCGAGGGACUGGGGCCUCUUCUCUUGUUUUUUGUAAGCCUCCAAAGCAAGCUUUUCCACUUGUUUGGCAGAAAUGCUACCCCAAGUGGGCACAGAUGGCUGGAAUGGCUACUUUCACGCAUGUUGGAUAGGGCACUUUACCAAAUAUUUGCAAUUGGAUUUUCCUGUUUCACACUGGAAAAUAUAGUUGCAAAAAAUUGCUAAAGUGAAUUUAGAGUGCUUUAUCCAUCAUGUAAGAAAGCUGCCUAAAUCUUGAUCCCUUCCACAGACACCUCCCCAAGCACCUUUGCAUCUGUCUCCAGGUAGUUCUCUCAAGUCCUUUCUCACACCACGCUACUUUCUUUGAGAAGAAGCAAUAGAAGCCGAAAAGCCCAAGUGGAAGGUUUGAGGCAUUCAUCUUGGUCCGAGAACUUGCUCAUUGGGUUGACUUUUGCAUAUGGCCAAGGUCAUUGGUCUGAAUGGUUCUCAGUGAGGUGUGGGAGAGGCUCUGGAUCAUUGUCACUGACAGCCCAGGUUCCUUACUCCUUGCGUUGCUAGGAUAGGUUGCAGGCAAAAGGAGCAUCACCACUGCUGAUGACCUGAAGGGGGCAUUGCAGCUGUCAGCAGGAAUGAGGGGGCCCAAGAAGCCAGAAGGAUUUCACCUAGUUGCUCAGUGCAGUCUGAGCCACUGCAAACGGCCUGGGUAUGCUGGACCUCUGACCUAGCAUGCCGUUGCUGUUCUUUACAGUGAGAUGGGACAUGUACAGGAGGGUUGGACAGACCAAGGGUACUCUCCCGAAGUCUCAUCUUCCCCAUUUCAUACCAUGUGUGACCCUUCCUCAGGAACACCAGUAUUCCUGGCCAGCUUCCUGCUUCUACACUUUUGAUGCCAAUUGUUUCAAGCUAUUAUAUGAGCUUGCUAAAGGCUUGGAUCUCUUUGCUUAAUUUGCAGAAGGGUGAUGGUUGAAUCUUGAAUGAGUUUAAACUUGAAUACAUCCAAGAGCAAGGCGUAAAAAUCUUGCUGUGAAUCUCACCCUUCCUGUGGAAAUCUCUUUGCCCUGUAACUGCACUGAUCAUUGAAAAUGGUGGCCCUGGACAGGACUUGAGUGAUUAAAUACGAUGCUGACUCUUGUAGUACUGUUUUCAAGAACCUUUUUGCAUUCGGUCUAUAUUAAGGUCAUACCCAGGGAUAUUGGCAGUAGCAGAUGCCUAAAGAAGCAUUACCUCUUGUUUAGCAAUGAAAACUAGAGUGUUCUUUCCCCUUUUCUGUUUGAGUAAAAGAAGCAAGAAAUCAGGAUUCUUGAACAGGACUUAGAAUGGAAGAGUAUGCAACAUUACUUGCAAAUGUGUCUGUGUGUCUAUGCAUGCAUGAGCCCAGAGGGUUUAUCCCUGUCCUCACUUGCUGUUCCUUCCUCCUGAUUUGCACUCCAAGCUGUUCUUCCCUGCCCUGCCAAGGACUUCCAGGUGUUCGGUUACCCUCUUAAAUGGGGUGGGGGGAGGGAGGAUAUCUGCAACUUUUUAUAAUUAAAGGGCCAAACUCCAUUAAAAUUCAGCACAAGAAAUCAACAGAGAGCCAGUAUAAAGUGUAUUUGCAUAGCUGAAAAGUAUACAAUUUAAACAUUACUGAUAAUUGAUAUAUCAACCAUCCAUAAAAUUCCUGCUGCCCAAACACUGGUUGUUGCAAGUCCUUUAUUAGGAAGCGGCACAUACAGAAUCUCAAAAUAAGCAAUAAAUACACGCAGCAGCAUCCCAUGUGACUGCGUUAGUGCACUGGCAUUAAUUGCACUAGAUUAUGGCAGAUGUUCACCUAUCAUUUUGCUUUCUGUAAAGCAUCUUUAAGUCAUCUCAUAAUAAAUCUUUGCCUGCUUUUUCCUUUAUUCUAGUAUCCCCUCCCUACAGUAUACCUUAACAUUAAGACUUCGUGUUAAGACUCCAUGUUCUUCGAGCCACAUUUCUUUCUGUGCUAAGUCAUGUAUGGUUCUAGAGCCAAUCGUUGCUGACCCCUCCUGUGACAGGUGCCUGAAACCCUGCUGGUUGUCAGAAAUAUCUUUGCAAGGAGUUGCAGUGGGGAAGGCGCUGGGGGAGAGAUGGUCUUGCCCCUCCCUUAAGUAAUGGAAGUGGCCAUCAGGUUUAACUGCUGGUUUCUUCUUGUUAUUCCCCCCCUUCUGGCCUCUGAUUAUUUUGUGGUCCCUGUGGAAUCUUGUUGACAAAAGAAUUAUGCAGAUAAAGAUCUGUUUUUACCACCCUGAAAAGAGUAGUUUUCCCAGUGUUUUGUAUUACAGUUGGGAUCUUAAGCAUAUUUACCGGGAAGUAACCCUACUGAGUGCCACAGGUCUUACUUCCGAGUCAGCCUGCUUAGGACUAGUCCUUUGUUCUCUCUCUUUGCCCUUCAACUAACCCUAUAACAUCUUUUCACUUCUAAAUUGCACUAGAUUGAUUGUAGAUAUUUCCCCCUUCUGUUUCUUUCUAGUAUUAUCUAUGCCAAAUAUCAUACGCACAGGAAAAUACCAGCAAUAAUUUAUAUAUAAAUAAUGUUAUUUUUAGAAAUAUUUGAAAAUAAACCAGCUCAAGAGCAGCCUGACUUUUUACUAGUGACCUGUUUGGAGCGAUCUCCAGCCUUCCUUUGUGUAGGUCAAAUAGCACAAACCUCUUUGCCCUUGUGAUUUGUUACCUUUCCACUGUGUUAGUCCAAAUGUACAUUCUGUUCCUUUAAUGUUAUCAGCACUAGUCUUGUUUAUUUGUUUGGCCAUGGAUCUAAGAAAGGAGUUGUGUAUCAUUUGAAGCAGAUGUCUGAUGUAUGGAAAGCAGUUUGUUAGAGUUCCAAGCAUGCGCCUCUUAUAGAUAUAAUUCGUAUUGUAAAACUGGUUCUCAUUACUAUGUCUGAGGGCUGGUUCAUGCAUAUAUCGCUUGAUGAGUGUAUGAGCUGAAUGUAUGAACUGGCUUGAAAACCACAGGUUAGAUCCAACUAGCUUUUUCAGUUAAUCUUGCCCAAUUCCCCUCUUUAUUGUUCCCAUCACUUAUUUCAUGUCUUUUGUCCAUGUAGUUCCCAUGAGCCCCAGAAGAGCAAAUGCUCACCAAACGACAGAAAAACUGGUUAGAUACAACCCACAGUUUGAGUUGUCAUGACCUAUGGUAUUUGCUUGCGAUGUCAUGUGACAAAUCCACAGGUAUGUGAACCAGGACACUGUAUAUGAGAUAAUAAAAAAAAAAUUUCUGCCUGUGCCAGCUUAUUUGCACAUGCAAUUCCUUGGUUAACGGUAGCAAACAAGGAAUAUGUAUGAAUCAAUAGUCCCAUCUUGAAUGCAGACCACUGUAAGAAGUUCUACAUACUAGGCAAAAUGAACCACAGUUCCAUAAAGUGUCCUUGUGGCCAAUGUGUAAUGGGUCUCUGUUGCACAGAGUAAUUACCAGGGCUUUUUUUGUAGCAGGAACUCCUUUGCAUAUUAGGCCACACACCCCUGAUGUACCCAAUCCUCUUGGAGCUUACAGUAGGCCUUGUACUAAGAGCCCUAUAAGCUCUUGGAUGAUUGGCUACAGGGGUGUGUGGGCCUAAUAUGCAGUGGAGUUCCUGCUACAAAAAAAGCCCUUGUAAUUACCUUAAUGGAGGGUUCACAUUAAUGUAGAAUGAAGAAAUGAUCUCUAAGCUCAUGUAGUAGAGAGCCUGAACUGUAAAUUGAGAGGGGCCCAGAUCAAACUUUUAAUCUGCCAUGAAUGUAGGCCAUGAAGGCAGUCUUCAGCAAGCAGUAAUUUCUUGGACUUAUGCUGCAUUAGAUAGUACCGUACUACCUUGUAAGGAUGACUGAGAUAAUGCACGUGAAGUGUCUGGAACACUUUAGAUGCCUGAAAAAUAUGCUAAAUAUGAUUAUUCCCUGGUGGUUAGUCAUAUGAUCUAAGCAGACCUGUGGAGGCAGCUCUGGUAGGCUGGGUAGAGGUCUGGAAACAAGAUCUCUCUUCAGGCCCGCGACCUGUGUCCUGCCACUCUGCUCAGCAGAAUUUGAAGCCUUCCUCCUGCCUAAGGAGCCUUCCUCCACCUUAGGUGGCACUUCCACUGGUGGAAGUACCACUUCCAUUGCAGGAACACUCCCUAGGCUGAAGAAAGUGGCAAAUGUCACUAGGUAAAGUGACUGGAAACCAGUGAACAUCACAUAGGCAAUCACAUCUAGAAGAAGAAUCUCUGUAAGUUGCAACUCUUAGAUAAUCUGCCCAUGCUUGGAGGGGGACAAUGAUACCUUCUGCACUCCCUGCCUUCUCAAGGGGUAGGGUGCCCAGCAAGCACUGAGCAACCAGGACUUCCCUGGACUACAUGGCCCAUGAUGCUGCAAGAUUCAUACUCUGAGCACAAGUAACUGCUUUCGCUUUGGAUACAGUAAUGAGCAAUGUGCCAGAAGCAGCUUUAUAUGUACAGGAGUAAAGGCUUUGUAUAUGCAAAAGUAAAACUUUUCUUGGAAUGUACCAUUCAGGCUGUCUGAAUGCACCCCUCCACCUUAAAAAAAGAUACGUAGCAUAUGCCACACUAGUAUUCCAUGUGAAAUGAGUUAGAGAAAAAUACAGGUAUGCAAAGUGGACAUCCUUAUCCCUGCCAGCCCAAGUGGUACCGUUCAAGACAACCUUUAUCCCUGGAUUCUUCUGAAUGGCUAAAUGGGCCUUGGUCUGCUGAAUGUAGCAGUGGAAUGGGUGCUCUUUCUGGUUUCCUCUCUUUUAUAUACAGGAUUUUUUUGAUGUCAGACAAGAUCUGUUUGGAAGAGAACCUUUUUAUUAGAAACUGCUGGUAUCCAUCCUUGGUGAAAUGAGUUGCAACAUCAGAUUUGCAACAGGAAAAGCAAUAUCUUUUUCUGAAGCAAUGCCUGUUUUUUCAAUGAAUGUUGUAGCCUUCAGAGUUGCACAGAACUAUUCUUCGUCAUACUGAAAGGAAAUUGUCUGAGCCUGCAGGGCACUAAGCAUAUGAAAUGCAAAUGUGUGUGGAAUCUCCGCCCCCACUCAAAUAUGUAUAGCCUAAAACAUCUGUCGUUUUUUGUUGAGAGAAUGAGCAAUAAGCUGAUUGAUAAAAGAAAUGUUGGCUAGUGUUCCCAUGUUAACCUGUAGUAUGUUCUGAAUUCCCAUUUUAGAUGUUUUGAAAAACUUACCAGGGUUUGUGUUACAGAGGGAAACAACAACAUCACUGCAAUGUGGCAGAUGUCUUUCGAUCAUGAGUCUGAUGAUGUUUUAUUGUUCAGUACUAUUCCAUAACAGUUCGAUUAAUAGUGUAAAGCACAUGCAACAAGAUUAUUUUGUUUUAAUUAAAAAAGCACUUUGUGAAUAGAAAUGUA